ACAAUAAAUAAUGAUAACAAAAAAACAAUUAUGAUUUAUGAGUGGUAUAUAUUUUUGUUAAGAUAAGUUUUAAUAGACUGAAACAAAAUGUUUGUACUGAAAUGAAAAUAAUAAAUAUUCCUUACAAAACGCGUCUAACAAUUUGUUUUAUAAAAAAAAAAACAUUAAAGCAACUCAAACUCAUAAAGAAAGGAACAUUAAAAGAAACAAUACAAAAAAAUGAUUUGUGAUGGAAUGCUCAAACUAUAAACAAUAUUUUUUAAUUUGUGAAAUAAAAUUAUUUUUCAAAGAAAUAAAAAGAAACAUCAAAAGUAAAAAAGAGCAAAUUAAACAACCGAUUCAUGUUGAGAAAAUACAAACAAAAUCCUAUCAAAAGAAACUUAGUUUUUUAAUUUAAUUUUAUUUUCAUUUGCAAUGUCGGCGUACAUCUUCCAUACAUUUAAUUAUACUCAAUAUUUUAAAAAUGUAAGGCAACGGCGGUUUAAUAUAAUUGUGCUUAUUUGUGCAAUUGGGCUUUUGAAAAAACUGCAAGUUGUAGACGGUAAUAAUAAACUAAACACAAGCGACGUACCUAUAAUGAUGGUAACAAUGAAGGCUGAUAUUGGUAUACCAUUAUUAACAUUGCACAAUGGGAGCAGUAGUAAAAUUGAGCUGGACCAAAAAUAUAAAUCUAGCGCCAACACAAGCAGCGGUAGUUUUUCCUCAUCCUCUAAGUAUAUUGCGAAUUUCCUGGACAAAUCCCAAGUGCCUUUGGUUAAAAAUUCUACCGCCGAUUCUGUUGGUGGUCCUGGUACUGGACAGCAGCAACAGAAACCUACAAACAACCUUCCCAGUGUCAUGACUUUGGUGCGUAGCAUAGAUGCUCGACUACGGAACAUCCGAAAUGUGGAGCUUGGUGUUACAACCAUUCAGGAAAUUUUUGAUGCAAUGGACUUAACAGCCACCGUAAGUGAAACCAAGGAAACACUGAAGUUAUUUUCCCAGCGUCUUACAAAAAAACUCCAAAACGCUAAAACAAAUAUUUACGAUUUAAAACGACUCUUUGACAAUAACAUCACACAUAUUAUGGAGAAUGCAUUGAUUGAUACAGAUUUAAAAAACCAAUCUCACAUUAAAAAAAUAUUUUUAAAUACCUUAAUCCAGCCAUGUCCUUUUGAGGAUUAUAGCCUAGAACAAAACUACAAUAAACAUCAAAUACAAAUUCUAAAUAAUUUAAAAAACAAUCAUUAUAGUGAUUUAUCUGUCGAAAAUAGUUUAUCGUUUCGAUUGAAUGGGAUGAUUUUAGAAGAAAUCCGCCGUUUGAAUAAUAUCGAGACAAAUUAUUUUAAACAUGUGUUUUUUUUAUCGAAUAACGACUACGCAAGUGAUCACAAUUGUCAAUAUUAUUUUAAUAAUUUGCAUUUUCGUCGACUCUAUGUGGCGAGUAUGGUGAAAAGAAAACGUUUGUUUGUCCUCAUUGAUGUUGGCAGUGUGCUUAAUAUUGAACAAAUGGAACUUUCAAAGAAAUUUGUGUCAAAUCUUGUUCAAAUGCUCACCGACACAGACUUAAUUACCAUUGUUUCAAUCUCUGAUGAAGCUCUUCCAAUGGAAUUUCCCCAUAUACCGCAAAAUUCAUACAGCAAACUAACCUAUUUCGCAACACCUGAUAAUAAAGAAGAAAUCCUCAAUUGUAUAUCACUGUUAAGACAUUCAACUGAGCCAACAAAUCAUUCUUUGGGUUUUGAGUAUUCUUUUAGUUUGCUGCGACAGCAAAAUCUCUCAGAAAAUGAACCUUUGGAAUUUAUUUAUGUUACAAGAGGUUUGUUAACUCGGUUGUCAGAUGCUAAAAGUGUUCUGGCUUCUAUUGCAGUUGGUCAAAAAGCGCUAGCAUUCCCCAUUAUCAUUAAUACUUGCGCAGUUAUUUUAGAUGAAAAGCGCAUUAUGUAUGAAAAGCAAUUCUUAAAUGAUAUUGUUCAUCAAAACUUCACUAAAUAUGAUAUCGAUAUAUCAGGGUGGCAAAAUUCCGAUUUAACUGGCAAUCUUUAUAUAAUAACUAAGCGGCAUCCUGAGCGUAUAGUUAAAAUCAGUACAUGUAUUUUCGCUGAUUUAUUUCAUCGUUAUGGACGGGUUAGUGAAAAACUACAAGUGUUCCAGCCUGUGAUUGAUUACAAUAGCAAGGAUGCCAUUGUAUCAAUGACACAUGCGAUAAAGCACUUUGGUGUAAUCGGAGUUAAUCUGCAUCUUUCCUAUUUAGCUGAAGAUGUUUUAAAUUAUAAAAACUCAGCCAGCAGCUAUACUUUUUUAAUUGAUGUUAAUGGAACAGCUAUUGUACAUCCAGCACUGCAACAAGUACCAUACCUAACAAAAACACCACUUCCUGUUGAUAUUGCUUUAUUGGAAAAUACAAAAGAUUUUCUAAAUUUCAGAAAAUUCUUAUUAACACAAAAUGAAGGCAAUCAAAAUCUUUCUGUUGCAUAUGGAGCCGCAAAGAAUUCAACUAAAAUGUAUUCAUGGCAUAGAGUGAUGGAUAUGUAUAUCAUUUGUAUCGUAACAAUAAGGUCAACAAACAUGAAUGGCAAGACGUUUGUGGCACAUCAAGCAAGAUAUGGCAGUGUUAGUUGGCAAAAAUUUCACCGCACAGAAUAUUUAGCACCAUUUGAUUUGUUAUAUCAUCGGAUUGACUUGAUACCACCGCAUACUCCUGUUUGUCGUUAUUUCAGACAAAUUGCUACUUUAGAUACUGGUACAUUGUUCCUAAGCGCUUCUUCGUUUCAAUCUCCCUUCAUCUAUAUGAAGAACAAUCGUGUAAAUUGUGAUAUCACCAAAAUUCGUACUGUACAAAGUAUAAUGGCCUACAUCAAAGAUAAUACAGGUCUUUUGGUUAAUCCAGGUCUAUUGCCAAGAAUACGAAAUGAUGUUAGUGCUCUUUACAGUGUUAUGGAGCAUUUAAAAAAACGCCACCUAGAAAAUGGUGAAUUUAAAAAGUAUAUUAUUCGUCGCUAUGCGGCAACAAUAAGUGGUGUUUUGCAAGUUUAUCCAGGCUGUAUAUUGCCAACAGAAUUUGAUCCAUCACGUCGACCCUGGUUUUUGAAAGCGAUGCAAUAUCCAGGUAGAAUUGUUGUCACCGAGCCGUACUUGGAUGCAGGUGGUGCUGGAUAUAUUAUAACAAUAGCUCAUACGAUUUUUGAAGGAAAAGCAAAUGCUCUUCAUAGCUCCGAACGUGACUCACCUAUGGCUAUAAUAGCUCUAGAUGUCACUUAUGCUUUCUUUUAUAAAAUAAUUCUAGAUACUCCAUUGUGCCAAGAAGAUAAUAUCAAAUGUAUUCUUUUCGAAAAUCAAGGUUAUUUAAUUGCCCACCCAUCGAUGCUGGAACCAGUUUCGGCUAAGAAAAAUCUUCGUCGCCCACAUGAACAUUUAACCCAUAAAGAGUCGUUUCUAGCCAACGAUAUACUGAAUCAUAAAACUCUGGUUACGAAACUAGCCUGUGCAAAUUAUCAAAAUCGUACAAUUCAACGUUAUUAUUUAUUUAAUACAUCCCUAACGGAGGUCCUAACUAAUGUGGUCCAUGGGGAGCGGACAAAGUAUAAAAUAACAGCUGUUUGGGCGACAAACAUUUUCGCCGCUGUACUUAAUUCUUCAUGUGAUGGCGGAGCUUUCUGCCCAUGCAGUACAGUUGACAGAAUGUGUCUUAAUUGUAAUCGCAUGGAUCAAACCGACUGUGAGUGUCCAUGUGAAUGUCCGAUGCAUAUGGACCCUGCAGGAGUGGAAGCAACCGCAGACAAUUAUGAUGGUGGCUUUGAACUCUUUUACAGCUACACUCAUCGUUAUCCUUAUUGUGAACCACCAUCGGAUACGGAACUUGUUAUAGACAAUACGCAAAGCUACGACUGGAACAUGGUUUUGAAUUCUUGUCUUCAAAUAAAUUGUGAUAUAUAUAUAACACACUUCGAUUGCCUAGCUGUUAUGGGCUGUGAAUGGUGUCAAUUAGAUUUGGAUGGUAAUCCAUUUAGUUCAUCAUUUUGUACAAUGCAAAAUUUAUGUUUUAAUGGGGUACUUAGUUCGCUAACUCCAUAUGGGGAUGGAGAAAUUGGUUCGGCUAUAAUUGAAACACAACAAUCUCAGCCUUAUUCAGCAUUCGGUCCAGUUGGAGGAGCCAUAAUUGUUUUGUGUCUGAUUAUUGGUUUUGCAAUGUACUGUUAUCGUCAGAGUCUCGAGAAUGGAGUUGAUCAAUUUUAUGUUGAUUCUAUGCAGGACGAACAUUAUGGGGUACCUCUGUCGGGUUUUAAUUUCGACAAUAUCCCACCACCCGAUGACGGUGACAUAGAUGGCUUUGGCGACGGCCAUGCAGGAGCAAUGAACCGUAAUUUAAUUAAUCCACUUGGUAAUGCCAUCGCUGUACCUGAUGUAUCGCCUUAUCACAUGUCAACAGGAAGUAGCUAUCGUCGACCACCAAAUGGUGAAUCAGAUCAUGGCUAUUCAACAAUGACACCUCACGAAGAUUCAGAGCAUAUGUGUUUUACCCUAGCUGAACCAUUGAUUAAUAACAAGCGACUAUCAAAAUCAGAUUCUCUGUCCAUCAACACAUCUGUUUCAAGUCCAACAAACCAUAAUAGUGGUAUAACAGUCGAUCGCCCAGUCUCUAGCAUGGGUAUUCGCACUCGUUCGAAUGAUCAUCGUUAUAAUUAUACUCCUAAAAACAAUUCAAUGUAUGGUCAGACCAUUUUGGGUGAUUGUACAAAGGAAUCUGAAAGUAAUCAGCAGCAGAAAAUGAGUCCGCAUCAUAUACUUGCCCGAGUAACUGUUCAUCGUCAUAUGGAAGCAUCAUAGCACGAACUGACAUAAUCUCACCAUCGUCAUCAUAGAAUUUAAGUAAAACGAAAAGCGCAGCUCUUCCUUCAAUUUCUGACAAAGUACACAUGAAUGACGUAAUGUGCCAUAACCUGUAACACAAUACAAUAUACAUUCGAAAUAUUUGAGUUUUAUUUUUGUUAACUUAAUUUCAAGAAAAAUAUGUUCUUAUAAAACAAGUUAUCUUCUUUUUUAUUGCAAUUUCAAGGGGUCAAGUCCAUUAUGUACAAUGUACAUAUGUAUAUAUUUAUAUAUAUUGUUUCUUAAUAACUCAAAAACACAAUAAAAGCACAUGUGCGCAGAAUGUCAAUCUAUAAGAAAUAGAAAAAUUAAUGGCCCUAGAAAGACGAUCUAUUUCUGUCAUACUUGCUACUUAUUUUUUUACAUCUGUUUGUUUUAAGAGUCGAAAUUUGGUCUCAAAAAAAUUAUUACACCAAGGACUCAUAAAAAUACCAACAACAAAACAUAUCCUUAAAAGUGUGAGGCUGAUAAGCACACCGAGCACUUUGGUUACAUCAAAUUAAAAUUUCUUAAGCUAAAAUGUGAAAAAACGCUCCUCUUUAAUUUUAUGGCCAAUAAUAAUAAAAUUGUAUUGUUAGAAAGAAAGUUAGGUCAUAAGAUCCAAUUUAAUUUUCUAUUACAAGUUAUAAUAAGAAACCAAAUUUUUAAGAAUG